UGUUAUUCUCCUUUCCUGUUGCAAAAGAAGACUCCAGAGGAGAGUCAGGUUUGAUUAAAGAUAUUCCUGAGGACUCAUUCAAUGUGCCACACUGCAAAAUGGUUCAGCUGACAGCUACUCCUCUGAGUGCACUUGCUGAUGAGCCCGUCCAUAUCCGCGUUACAGGCCUGAGUCCUUUCAAGAUGGUGAGUCUUCAGGCGUCACUGAGAGAUGAAAAGGGCAACCUGUUUUAUUCUGAGGCCUACUAUAAGGCCAAUGAAGCUGGUGAGGUAGAUUUGGAGCGUGAUGCUGCACUUGGAGGUGACUAUGUGGGAAUCCACCCCAUGGGACUCCUCUGGUCCUUGAAACCUGAAAAGCUGUUAACAAGACUGAUAAAAAGAGAUGUGAUAAAUAGCCCAUUCGAGGUCCAAUUAAAAGUUUGUGAACCACGUCCUCCAGUAAAAUCUGAAUUGACCAGUGCUCCAAUUGCCAGCCUGACCCUGGAAAGGUGGUACGUGGCACCUGGUGUCACACGGAUCCAGGUGAGGGAAGGCCGCCUCCGGGGAGCCCUCUUUAUUCCUCCAGGAGAGGGCUGUUUCCCAGGGGUAAUUGACUUGUUUGGCUAUGCUGGUGGACUGAUUGAAUUCCGGGCCAGUCUGCUGGCCAGUCAUGGCUUUGCUUCCUUGGCCUUGGCUUACCAUGGCUAUGAAGACCUGCCUGCUGAACUGAACGAAGUGGAUUUAGACUAUUUUGAGGAAGCUGUCCAUUUUCUCCUGAGCCAUCCUAAGGCAGAAAGAGAGGACCCGGCCCCAGCCGAAAUUGGAGAGGGAGGGCCGGUUCCGGGUGCCAGCAGCUAUGAUGGCCCCACCCAGAACACUCACCACCAGCAUGUUGCCUCGCAGGCAGGGCCGGCGGACUCUACUGUUUUCCUGCUGAGAGCAAUAGGGCCCCCUGAUGAGCAUGGAAAGAGAAAGGGUCCAAGGACAAGCCAUAAAAUCAGUGUUGAAAGAAACAGAGGGCCCACUUGAUAAACAACACCCAGCCCGGCCCGUGUUGAGGCACAACUUCUGUCCACCCAUCCCCCAUGUCAAGUUAAUUCCUCGGGCGGGA